AUGGAAGCUGAUGGAGGACCUUGCAGGAGUCAUCUAAAAAGAUAUGCCUUUAACUUGAGCUCAAUGAGGUGUGAAGAGUUCAUCUAUGGUGGCUGUUAUGGAAAUGGCAACAACUUCAGAGAUUUGCAGUCUUGUGUGGACCACUGUCUGCCAGAGAAAACUGGUCCCUUGCUAUGCUAUAGCCCAAAGGAUGAAGGAUUGUGUUCUUCUUCUGUGCCUCGCUAUUACUAUGACACCAAGACUAAAUCAUGUAAGGAGUUCAAAUAUACCGGCUGUGGUGGAAAUGCCAAUAACUUCGUUACUGAAGCGGAUUGUUACAAUGUCUGCAGAAAAGCAGGGACUCAGAAACCAAGAAUCGACAAGCCAAUGAAUGUAUUCCGCAGAAAAAUGAUGAGAAAACUGAUUAAAAAACCUCAGACGUAUAACCCGAAGUCUUAAAGCUGAUGUGCACUUGGAUGUUUGAAACAUCUUUUGAUUCCACUUUCUUCUUUUGUAAGAUAGUUUUUACACAGUUUUAUACACCGACAUAGUUCUGUCUUUCAGAACUGCUUUUUAUUUCCAAUUUACUUUUUAUAAAGAACUGCAUUUAAUAGAAGAAGAAUGAACCUGAUUUUGGUUCUUCUGCUCUGUUGUCUUUGCAGUAAUACUUUGGCAAAGCCAGGUAUUUAGAUUUCCAUGUUUUUAUGGGGGAAUGUUACGACUGCCUUGGGAGAAUAUUUCAGCUGUUACAAAUAAAGAUUUGAAAAA